AUGUUUCUGCAGGAUGUGUGUGCUUUGAUUAUCUUUACAUAUUCUCUCCGUGUCCGAGAAACACCUGAUACUGUUUACAGUAAAGCAGCGUCACGGUGUGUGUGUGUGUGUGUACGAUCACAACACAGGCUCUCCUGGAGUGUGUGUGUGUGUGAGUGUGUGUGUGUGUGGAGCUCAGUGUCUGCGUUGAGAGCCAUGAGGAAGAGGCUGAUCCAGGUGUUGGGGUUCCUGAUCUCCACCUUCGGCUGGCUGUUCGUCAGCUGUACUCUGGCCAUGGACUACUGGAGGAUCCUCUAUGUGGGAGGGAAAGGCGGAAACUGGAUGAUGAAGGCAUCCUGGUACUGGUCCAACCUGUGGAAGGACUGUGUGACGGACAUGUCAUCCAUCGCCGACUGCAGAGAGUACGACGCGCUGUGGGCCGUCACACCGUAUGUUCAGGCUGUGCGCGGGCUGCUGAUGAUCGCUAUGGGUCUGGGCUUCAUCGCCGCUAUCCUCUGCUUCAUCGGGAUGGAGUGCACCUACAUCGGUGGCAGUGAGAAGAACAAACGCAGAGUUUUACUAGCCGGAGCAGCGUCCCAUUGUGUCGGUGGUCUGUCAGCGGCUGCAGCAUAUUGUUUAUACACCAACAGAGUCGCCAGUGCUGCCUUUGCUCCUGCUGUUGACACCACUGUUAUAAGGUAUGGCAUAGGAGCGCCGAUAUUCUUUGGACUAGUUGGAAGUUUCCUCAUAAUUCUUGGCUCUGUUUUAUACACCGUGACAAACGUCUCCACAAGGAAGAAGACCGUAUCUGUGGGCAGAACGCUGUACACUCGUCCAUCAUACGGCCGGCGGACGGCCAGUAAAACAGCGUACACUUCUGCAUACUCGGCUCCGUCCCGACAGUCCAGCUCUCGCCUGUCCAGAAUGUCACGGGCCACAGAUGAGAAACCUCAGGCCAGAGACACGUUUGUGUGAAGAGACCCCC